AUGUCCAAGGUAUCUGACUCUGCACGCCCAUGGGCCUUGAUCACGGGCGCUUCCGAAGGCCUUGGCAAAGAAUUCGCUCUCCAGCUGGCCGAACGCGAGACGCACAACCUGAUUUUGGCCGCACGUAGCGUGGACAAGCUGGAUGCGGUGUCCAAAACAGUCUCGGAACGUGUCAAGUGCAAGGUGAUCAAGAGCGAUCUCUCCGUCAAGGGAGCUGCAGAGGCAUUGGAUCGGGACACUCGUGAUCUGCAUGUAGCCAUCUUGAUCAACAAUGCCGGUGUUGCAUUCGGCGGUCCCUUUGAGGACAUGCCCUACGAGGAUGUUCAGACUCUGGUCUCGCUCAAUGUAGUUGCAGUCACAGAGCUUUUCCACAUCUUCCUGCGACGCAUCAAAGAGCAACACGAGAAGCUCAGCGAACAGCAGAAGGCAUCCAAGUACGCUCUGGCCGGUAUCAUCAACAUCUCUUCCAUGUCCGCUUUCAUGCCGAUCCCUUCCAUGGCGCUCUAUGCCGCUUCCAAGGCCUUUGUGCUAUCGCUGACCGAAAGCGCAUACGCGGAACAGCGCACCGAAGGAAGUGACCUGCGCAUCGUGGUCAGCUGCCCCGGCACGACCAAGACCGAGAUCUGGACCAAAGGUGGAGCCCACGAGAAGUCGGUCCUGAUGCCGAUGGGAACCAAGGAGCACGUUUGUGCCACCACGUUGGCGGCGUUGGAUGCUCGCGACAAGCCGAUCAUCAUUCCGGGCUACUUCAACAACAUUUCGGCCUUCAGCUUGCGUCUUGCGCCCCGCAACCUCGUUCGCUUCCUCUCGAGACGCCUCAUGGGACAGGACCCUUCGUUGCGAGACCCCGACGAAGUCAAGGAGACCUUCUCCAAGCUGGGCCGUACUGCUCCCCCUCGUCGUUCGUAA